CCGUCCUCCAGCGAUAGAAGAGGCCCCUCUCCCUGGCAGACUAAUGGGCUAGAAGAGCCUGAAUGGGCUUCACCCCCAUACCUGUCAUCCUUCCUAAGGAGAUCUCUAAAGGGGAGGCAUAAUAUCCUUGACUAGUGGCUUAAAAGAAAGAACAAGUAAAAUGUGUGAUACUUAAAGAUGUUUACAAAACAGCACGAGCCAGGCCAGCAUAAAGUGGCAAACAGAGACACGAGCGGAGAGGAGCCCUUUCAGGAAAAACUGAGUGGCAGUCUAUCCAACGGGCAAGUUUGCAUUCUCUGGGACGUGCCUGGGAACAUUAGAAAGUGUGAUGACUUCUGCGUGGCCCUUCAUCCUAAUGGCUGCUUCAGGAAUCCUAGCCAUAGACACACCUCAUCCCAGGAAUUCUGCUCUGUAUCAUCUCACCCAGCAGCUGUUACAGAAAUAUCAUAAGGAAGUGAGGCCAGUUCGUGACUGGACAGAGGCUACCACUGUCUACCUGGACGUUUAUUUCCGUGCUGUCCUGGAUGUGGAUGCGCAGAAUCAAAAAUUAAAAACAAGUAUAUGGUACCGUGAGAUAUGGGAUGAUGAGUUUUUGUCUUGGAACUCCAGUUUGUUUGAUGAUAUUAGAGAGAUCUCCCUACCUUUAAGUGCCCUCUGGGCCCCUGAUAUCAUCAUUAACGAGUUUGUGGCCAGUGAAAGAGCACCUGAUCUUCCCUAUGUGUAUGUGAACUCAUCUGGGACCAUUAAGAACUCCAGGCCCAUCCAAGUAGUCUCUGCAUGCAGUUUAGAGACAUAUACUUUUCCAUUUGAUAUCCAGAAUUGUAGCCUGACCUUCAAUAGCAUUCUGCAUACAGUGGAAGAUGUAGACCUGGCCUUCCUGAGGAGCAAAGAUGACAUUAAUCAUGACAAAAAGGCAUUUUUGAAUGACAGUGAGUGGGAACUUCUUUCUGUGUCCUCAACAUACAACAUCCUGCACAGCAGCGCUGGAGAUUUCGCACAAAUUCAGUUUAAUUUGGUGAUUCGCAGGCGCCCUCUCCUCUAUAUUGUGAACCUGCUGAUUCCGAGCAUUUUCCUAAUGCUUGUGGAUCUGGGGAGCUUCUACCUCCCACCCACCUGCCGUGCUAGGAUCGUGUUCAAGACCAGUGUGCUGGUGGGCUACACCGUCUUCAAGGUCAACAUGGCUGAUGAGAUGCCAAGGAGCACAGUGAGCACUCCUCUGAUUGGAGUCUUCUUCACUGUCUGCAUGGCCCUGUUGGUCCUCAGCUUAUCUAAGUCCAUCCUGUUAGUCAAAUUCCUCCACGAUGUGCGUUGCAGUGGGAAGGAAUGGCCUAUCUUGUGCUUUCGAGGGAACAUUGACACUGACUGGCCUGGAAUGGAUCCCAGGACCCAGCUUGCUGGGGUAACAGACUCCCCCAUCGGUCAAGAGCAUCAGGCCCAGCCAGGGACCCUGAAUGAAAUCUAUUCCCAACUUCAAUCCAUCAGCAAUUACUUCCGAACCUGGGACCGCGAGGAACAACAGGAGCUUGGGUGGCUGGCCCUCCUGGAGCGCUUUGACCGACUGCUCUUCCACAGCUAUCUUGUCGUGCUGGGGCUCUACACUGUCACCCUGUGCUCCCUCUGGGUGCUGUGGAGCAGCUCUUGA